UCACAUCUAUGGAGGAGGCGACCAGAAUUGGAGUUAGAGAUCAGGAUGACAGGUUCCAGCUGUCGCAGGCCCCACCUGGAUAGAGGCAUCAGCACCGAAGAGGCGGGCCGAGAAUGGAGGAAGCGGGACGCUUCGGGAGGGGAUGAAUCUGAUAUCCACGUGUCCUCCCCACCCCUCCCACCCAGGCGCCCCAGGAUGGAGCCCCCACCCGGCAUGGCCGCGGGGCAGGAGGAGCAGGAGUUGCGGGAGAGGGCCUUCUUCUCGUGGGCCGAGUUCAGCCGCUUCUUCGACGCGUGGUGCCAGCAGCGGCUGGCGCUCUUCUUCGUCAAGAGCUCCAUGCACCUGGCGCGCUGCCGCUGGGCCAGCGCGCCCCCGCUCUACACGCUCAUCGACGUGCUCAAGUACAGCUACGUGCGGCUGGUGUGCAAGGACGUGCGCGCGCCCAGCCGGCCCGCCGUGGGGCCCCCCCAGCCCGGCUGCCCGGCCUUCAUCAUCGUCAAGCUGAGCCCGCUGCGGGACCGCCUCGUGGUGACGGAGUGCCAGCUGACCCACUCGCACCCGGCCUGCCCGCUCGAGUUCGCCUACUACUUCCGCCCGGGCCACCUGCUGGCCAACGCCUGCCUGCCGGUGCGCACCACCAACAAGAUCUCCAAGCAGUUCGUGGCCCCGGCCGACGUGCGCCGCCUGCUCUCCUACUGCAAGGGCCGCGACCACGGCGUCCUGGACGCCCUGCACGUGCUCGAGGGGCUCUUCCGCACCGACCCCGAGGCCAAGGUGAAGCUGGUGUUCGUGGAGGACCAGGCGGUGGUGGAGACCGUGUUCUUCCUGACAUCGCGCACCCGGGCGCUGCUGCGGCGCUUUCCGCGCAUCCUCCUGGUGGACCGGCUACCGGGGCUGCAGGGCGCGCUGGAUCUGCUGGCAGUGCUGUGCGUGGACGGCGCGGGCCGCGCGCGCCAGGCCGCCUGCUGCGUGGCGCGCCCGGGCACCCCGAGCCUGCUGCGCUUCGCGCUGGCCUCGCUGCUGCAGAGCGCGCCAGACGUCAAGGGCCGCGUGCGCUGCCUCACCGCCGGGCCCGAGGUGGCGGCGCAGCUGCCUGCCGUGCGCCAGCUGCUGCCGGGCGCGCGCGUGCAGAUCUGCCGGGCGCAGGGCCUGGAGACGCUCUUCAGCAAGGCGCAAGAGCUGGGCGGCGCCGGCCGCGAGGACCCGGGCCUGUGGCCGCGCCUGUGUCGCCUGGCGGGCGCCCCGUCGCCCGCCGCCUACGCCGAGGCGCUGGCCGAGCUGCGCGCCCACGGCCCGGCCGCCUUCGUCGAUUACUUCGAGCGCAACUGGGCUCCGCGCCGGGACAUGUGGGUGCGCUUCCGUGCCUUCGAGGCGGCCCGCGACCUGGACGCAUGCGCCCUGGUCCGCGGCCACCGCCGGCGCCUGCUGCGCCGCCUGAGCCCCUCGCGCAGCGUGGCUCAGUGCCUGCGCGACCUGGUGGCCAUGCAGUGGGCCGACGCGGCCGGGGAGGCGGCGCCGGAUGUCUCCGACGAUGGGGGCCCUUGGCUGGAGGGUGAGCCGGGGAGAGGAGCCCAGGUGGAGAACGAGAGGAUGAAGGGCCUGGAAACCGGAAACUGGGGAGGGGCGCGGAAGGAAGGAAGUUUUUGGAGAGAAGCCCAGUUAGAGAAGGAGUGGGUCAGAGGGCUGGAGACCAGAGACCGGGGAGGGGCUCAGGUAGAAAGUGAGAAGGGGAGAGGGUUGCAAAUCCGAGACAGGAGAGGGGUCCAUUUGGAGAACCACAAGGUGAGGGGGCUAGAAGGGAGUGUCUGGAGAGGGUCCCGGUUGGAGAACGAGCACCUGAGAGGACCCGAGAUCAGAGACUGGAGGGGGGCGCCCUUGGAGGGUGAGAAAGAUUGGGGACUGGAAGGUUAUAUCUGGAGGGGGGCCCAGGUGGAGGACCAGACGUUGAAAGGAUUGGAAGGGUAUACCUGGAGGCUGGCCCAGCUGGAGGACCGAAGGAUUAGGGUGCUGGAGACCACAGACAGGCGCGGGACCCAGUUGGAUUAUGAGAGGACCAGGAGUCUUGACGGGAGCUCCUGGAGGGGGGCCCAGUUGCACGAGGAGAGGGCGAGUGAACUGAAAACCAGAGACUGGAAGGGGCCUCAGUUGGAAGCAGAGAAGCAAAGGGGACUGGAGGUCAGAAAUUGGAGGGGGGUCCAUGUGGAGAAGUCCCUGGAAUCAGUCCCUGAAAACGCAGACCCAAGAGGGCCCCAGUGGGGAGAUGGGAGGCAGAGAGGGCCAGAGACUAGAGAAGAGCGAGGAGUGAGGUUAGGUGUCAAAAGAAGAAGGGACCUGCAGGAUGUAGUUCUGGUCCAACUGGGGGACACAAGGGUGACAGGCCUGGAGAAUGGAGAUGGAGGGGGAGCCCAGGCUGGGGGCCCCAAGAGCAGAGGAGGGCAGGGAAUGGAGUGUAGGGACACAGGAGGGGGCUGUCUAGGGCUGGGGAAUGGAGUCCCAUGCAGCACCCCCAUGGGGACUGUGUUGGAGGGUGACCCAGAGUGGGCAGUGACGAGGAGGAUGUACCUCGCAGCUGGGGAGAGCACGCAGGAAGGAAGUGGAGGAGAAGGCCCAAGGGAACCAAAGAGGCCUUGCUGCCCCUCGGGGGAGGAGGAGGUGGACUGGGAGCCCCUGGCCAAGUUCCGAGCAGCCUGCGGGCCAGAGCUGGCAGAGCUGGUGGCUGAAGAGCUGGCCUUCGCGCGGCAGCACGGGACCCGCGGUUUUCACUGGACAGGAGCUGGCUUUGCUCUGAAGGACGGCACCUCGGACUUCUUCCUGGACGGAGCCCUGACGCGCUGCAGCUGCUCCAUCCACGCCGCCCGCCGCCUGCCCUGCCGCCACCUCUUCGCAGCGCGCCUCCUCACAGGGGCAGCCUUAUUCCACAUGGACCUGCUCAGGGAUUGCUGGGGGAGAGCCCCCGAGCCCUGAGCCUGCCAGCCCCUGCCCAUCACCCUCCACGGUGGGGGCAGGAGGGCACUCUUCGAUCCCAAAGAUAACAGGGCUGAGGGCCAAGGAGACCACCCCAGUCCCCCCCACCCCCGGCCACCUCCUGGGGCAUCCAGCGACUUCAUCUUGGCAGUUUGCCUCUCUGGGUCCUAGAGGAUGCAGACGGUGUGGUCUUGGAGGUCCUGGAGCCGCAGCUGUGGCAGAUGGCGGUGGCCAGGGUGGAUUCUGAGGGCUUCCCUCCGGAGAGCAAAUGUGUGGUUGGGUCGGGACAGGAGAAGGAAGGGGAUAAAGCUGGGGGAGGGGAGGACACCAGGACGUGGGGGGAGCCUGGCAGGAGAAGGGAAAAGCCGGCGAUAAUAAAGGAGAGGGAAGGGGAGGAAAGACAAAGGGGACGCAGACAUGGAGGAGAGAGGACAAGAAAAGAGACAGAAAUGGAGAAGAAAUAGGGACAAACGGGGAAGGCAGGAGAAGAGGGGGGUGGGGGAGGGGAGGAGGAGUCGAGGAUGGAGGAGAGGGAAGAAAAAAAGGAGAUGGCAAAGGAAAGGAAUGGGAGUGGGGGAGAGAAGAAACGAGAGGGGAAUGAUUUGGGGAUUUCUCUAAGGCCCAGAGUCUUGGAUCCCCUUCGCCUCCUGGUUGGUCAUUCCUGGAAGAGGCAGAAUAAGAGGGCCCCCUCCCCCCCCCCCCCCCAGUCCCAUGGGUUGGGCUGGAGGCUCUCCAAUGGGGGAGGGGAACCAUCUGGACUCUUGUGCUUCAAGAUUGGAA